AUGGACCCGCUCCUCAACGCCACCGACUGUUACGGCGCAAACGGCACCGGGUCCGGGUCCGGAACCGGCAACUGCAGCGACGGCUUCAACCAGUUCGUGCAGCCGGUGUGGCAGAUCACCCUGUGGGCCGUCGCCUACUGCGGCAUCGUGGCGGUGUCGGUGGUCGGGAACGCGGUGGUCAUCUGGAUUAUUGUGGCGCACAGACGCAUGAGGACCGUCACCAAUUACUUUCUGGUGAACCUGGCCUUCGCCGAGGCCGCCAUGUCCGCCUUCAACACGGUGAUCAACUUCGCCUACGCCGUUCACAACGAGUGGUACUUCGGCCUGGUUUACUGCCGCUUCCACAACUUCUUCCCCAUCGCCGCCAUUUUCGCCAGCAUCUACUCCAUGACGGCCAUCGCAGUGGACAGAUACAUGGCCAUCAUCCACCCGCUGCAGCAGAGGCUGUCCUCCACCCAGACCCGGGCGGUGAUGGCAGUCAUCUGGGUCCUGGCUCUGCUGCUGGCCUUCCCUCAGUACCACUACUCCUCCACCUUCCUGCUGCCCGGACGCACGGUCUGCUACAUCGACUGGCCCGAGUACACCGCCGUGGACUUCAAGAAGAUUUACUACGUGUGUGUGACGCUGCUCAUCUACUUCCUGCCGCUGGGCCUGAUGGGGUGGGCGUACACCACGGUGGGCGUGACCCUGUGGGCCAGCGAGAUUCCCGGAGACUCGUCCGAACACUACAGAGAGCAGCUGAUGGCCAAGCGCAAGGUGGUGAAGAUGAUGAUCGUGGUGGUGUGCACGUUCGCCGUCUGCUGGCUGCCGUACCACGUCUACUUCCUGCUGCACCAGUUCUUCCCCGAGUGGUUCGAGCAGCGCUAUAUCCAGCAGGUGUACCUGGCCGUCAUGUGGCUCGCCAUGAGCUCCACCAUGUACAACCCCAUCAUCUACUACUGCCUCAACAGCAGGUUCCGAGCAGGUUUCCAGCAGGUGUUCUGCUGCUGCGCUCCCGCCGCCGCAAAAGACGAGCUGGAGCUCAAAUCGCCGCGCUACCUGCAAACCCAGGUGAGCCUCUACCGAGCCAGUCGGAACGAGACGGUGGUGUCCACCACGGUCCACCCCACGGUGGAAGAGCACGACUCGGCCGAGCCCCGGGAGGUGACGUCCAACGGCGCAGAGACGUUUCCCAUGAGCCCCCGGGGUCCCUCGCCCGAGUCCGGGCGCUGCCGGGAGUGACGGGAACUGGCGAAUCUCCAUUCCAUGCCCGGACUGAGUGUCUUCAGGGAGGGUUCAAACGUCUCGCCGGGCAUUUCGUUGACCCGGCGGAUGCCUUCAUGUUGAGGAGGAUGUUGGACGACGUUGAAAACUCGGGUGUUUGUUGGAAGGCGAAACACACCAGCCGGCCUCCUGACCUCCGGCCUCCUCGGCUGGCGAACCCGCCGCCGUCCCCCCGGCAACCGUGUCACCUCGAGAUGAGUUUGUGUUGUGUGUGGAAACAGGAGGGGGGGGCGGCGUGUGUGUUUGUGUGUGCAGAUCUCGCACCUGUUGGACGGGAUUAGCUGGUGUUUUGACAAUGUGCGAGGAAGGCUGGGUCUGCGGCGGGCCGGGUCAGAGGACGGCUAAAUAUAGAGGGACGGCGUUCAGGAGGGGGUAAACAGACAGAGGGGUCGAUAAGGCGGCGAGGGGAAAUGAAGGGAAAGAAGAACGUGUGCUCAGAUGCGCCGGAUGUUUACGAGCGAAGGAACAACGUCAGAGGAACGAAGUGACUUCAGACAACAGCUGCUCCCUGCCGAGUCCUGCUGGGUUCUCUGGACCUCCUCCAGCCUGGACCGCCAGAUACGUUCUGGACCUUCUCCUGCCUGUACCAUCCAACAAGUUCCAGACAUUCUCCUGCCUGUAAAGCCAAAUACGUUCUCGAUGUUCACCUGCCUGGUACCGUCAAAUACGUUCCGGACCAGGGGUCUGCAGCCGGGGGCUCUUCAGUCCCUCUGUCGCAGCUUUCACAAUAUGAAACGUGAACAUUGAGCUUCUUUUUAUUACAGCGACACACUACAGUGCUAUUCAAGAUGAUUUGUCACUCUGUUCAAAUGGAAUUAAAAAAACAGGUUCAAGUAAAAUUGGGAAAAAUAGCUAAAAUCACAAGAAAUGGGGAAAAAAGCAGCAGAAUGUUAAAAACAAUUCUAAAACAAUUUCUAAAAGAAGAACCUAAAUAUGGUUGGAAAAAGCAGGCAACACUGCUUAAAAGGAGGCAAAAUGGUUGAAACCGCUGAAAUGUCAAAAUUGUCAUUAAAAAAUUUUUUAAAAUAGGAGCAGACCUGUUGAAGGUAAGUUCAAAGAUAGGCUGAAUUUAAUAAGAUGUUCAUUAUUCUGACCCCUGACCUCAUAAAUGCCUCAUAACAUAUCUGUACGUGCAUCAAAACUAUAUAUGAAACUUCCCGAGUUGCAUUCGCCUCAUUUUAAAGGUUAAAUGUUCUUUACAGCUCCAGAUCAACUUGACAUGGCGGAAAGUCCCAAAAACAGCUCUUUUGCUCAUAAAGGCUGCAGAACCCUGUUGUGGACGUUCUCCUGCCUGCACCGCUAAAUAUGCUCUCAUAAUGAGUGUUUGUAGGAGCGUGAGGACCAAAUGCUUUGACUUUGUUCUGUUAAACAUGAACGGGUCGUUCUUUCGCCACCAUGAGCCAGAACAAAAUGUAGCUUUGCAUUAAAGCUCAGUACAAAUUCUUACAGAUUCCUCUAACUUCUGCUGUUUUCCAACAUUUCAGUAUCAGUAUUCAAACCAAACGAUAUUGCUGAAAAACAUCAGUAUUGGAGGGUUUUCAGACCAUUUAAAAAAAUGGAUGGAUGUAGAGAUUGCAUUUAAAAUAUUCAACUUCUCCUGUUUUUUUCUGAAAAUGUUGAUGCUUAAUGUGUUUUAAAAGCAAGCGGCUUGAAUCGAUGUGUUUGGGUGGUUAGAAAUGCUUUUUAAAAAGCUCCCUGUAAUGUCUGAAGGUGAGGCUCCACAGCUCCUCUGGAUCGGCUCCCUGAUGCUUUCACACAUGCAAAUAGUUUUCAUUUUGAUUUCAAAAAAUGUCUGAUCUCCAGGAGAAAAAGCAGAUCGAACAGGCAGGUUACAGUAAUCCUCACGUUACUUUUGACGGUUGUUACUGUACGUCCAGAUUACUUUACAGCUACUUUCCUUCUCACUCUGUAACUUGUGGUGUCAAAAUGACAACAUUACAACCAACCUGCAGUCUGUGUAGAGCUUAACG